AUGAGGCUAGAGAACCAGAGCAGCGUAUCCGAGUUCUUCCUCCUAGGGCUCCCCAUCCGGCCAGAGGAGAAGGGCCUGUUCUUCGCCCUGUUCCUGGGCAUGUACCUGACCACGGUGCUGGGGAACCUGCUCAUCAUCCUGCUCAUCUGGCUGGACUCCCACCUGCACACCCCCAUGUACUUCUUCCUCAGCCACCUGGCCUUUGCUGAUGCUUCUUUUUCCUCUGUAACAGUGCCUAAGAUGCUGGUGAACAUGCAUAUUCAAAGUCAAUCUAUCACAUAUGUAGGGUGCAUUUCUCAGGUGUAUUUUAUUAUAUUUUUUGGUUGCCUUGACAGCUUUCUUCUCACAGUUAUGGCAUAUGACAGAUAUGUGGCUAUCUGUCAUCCUCUCUGCUACACCACCAUCAUGAGGGAUGAAUUUUGUAUCAUCCUAGUGAUUGGAACCUGGUUUGUCUCUUGUGCCCAUGCUCUGUUUCACACCCUGCUCAUGGUUAGGUUGUCUUUCUGUGCAGGAACUAUCAUCCCUCACUUCUUUUGUGAUCUUAUUGUGGUGCUCAAAGCCUCCUGAUCAGAUACCUCCCUCAAUGAUUGGCUUAUCCUCACUGAUGGAGGAUUGUUCUUAUUCCUGCCAUUAAGUGUUAUCUUGGGCUCAUACACUCGCAUAGCAGUCACCACCCUAAGGGUCCCCUCCUUCAAGAGAAUCUCCAAAGCCUUGUCUACAUGUGGCUCCCACCUCUUUGUAGUGUCUUUAUACUAUGGAACGCUUGCAGGAGUUUACUUUUUGCCCUCAUUAGAUAACUCCAAAGACAAGGACAUCAUUUCUUCUGUGAUGUACAUUGUGGUCAUGCCCAUGCUGAACCCCUUCAUCUAUAGCCUGAGGAAUAAGGAUAUGAAAUGUGCCUUUUUGAAGUAUGUCAGGGCCAAGGGCAUCCAUUAG